AUGUCCCUCAUUCGUCGCGUCAGCGGAGACCUCUUCAAGCACUCUGCCAAAGCCAGCAAGCCGGUGUUUGCCCAUGCCACCAAUCUCCGGGGCAUCUGGGGCGGCGGCGUUGCUGCCGAGUUUCAAAAGUUGUUCCCUCUGGCUUUCCUUAAGCACGAAGAACACUGCAAGAACGUUGCCCCGAUCAAGUUGAUUGGCACUUCCCAAGUGAUUGAGACCGAGCCUCAAGACCCGGGCAAUGAGGGUAGAGACUUGCCGGCUGUCGUGGUGUGUUUGUUCCUGUCUGACCUCGGCAACCAGUACACCAAGUUCAACAUCCAGGGGUACACCGACAACGCCCUCACUGACUUGAAGGACAAGAUAAAGGACAUUAAGGAUGUCGAGAGCGAAGACGGCAAGGUCGUGUUGCUGAUGCCCAAGAUCAAUGCCGGCAUCUUCAACGUCCCUUGGCACGAAACGGAGACGAUCUUGGAAAAGCACCCCGAGUUCAUCUUCAACGUGUACCUGUUAGAAGACGGGUGGCCCAAGAACGCCGGCCAAGAGGACUCGCCAUUGGACGAGUUGCACGUCGGUUAA